CGGGCUGUGAGACCGGGUGGGGUGUUUUAGGUUUUAGGUUUUAAUGUAUGUUAGGAUUUUAGGAUCUAAAUGUAAACAGGUUAGUUUAAUACUGAUGUGAUAAACAGGACUGAGUGAGUGAGCGCUGUGUUGCAGGUUAAUACUGAAUAAAGCAGGAACGAUGGAAAACAUUACGGGUAGUGAACCGGUCAACUGUUCCAUAAUGUCCAGGGUUUAUUAUAAAGAGUUCAGAUAUCUGCACCUAUUUAGUUCUAUUUUACUUUCAUUUUAGCUUCAGAUUCAGCACGAUCGGCUUUUUAAUUAAUCACAGAGUCGCACUGUUUGGCGUGUAAACAGACUUUCGGUAUUGAUCAUUGUUUGUAUUCGGGUUGUUUUUUAUAAGAUUUUUAGAGAUUUUUGCACUUUUUUUAGAGCUUUUUAUAUUCGCUUUUAUAUUUAUUGAACAUCAGGAAUGCACUAGAUUUUAUUUUAAUUAAAGAAAAGCUGUAGUGAAGAUGAGAUCCUCUUUGGCCCCUGGAAUCAGAUUGGUCACCUCGUUUUCUAGAGACAGUGGGUACCGAUACUUCAUCCUCUUUCUUACGUUCCUGUUCUAUACAGCCUACCACCUCUCACGCAAACCCAUCAGCAUUGUCAAGAAUCAGCUUCACAGAAACUGCUCCUUUGUUAUUCGACCGACUGACCUCAAUGUCUCAGACAAUGCCACCUGGUGUGACUGGGCUCCUUUUGACCAAGAUAAUUACCAGAAUCUGUUUGGCUAUCUGGACAACUGCUUUCUGGUGGCCUACGCCAUUGGCAUGUUCUUCAGCGGGAUGUUCGGCGAGCGACUUCCGUUGCGGUACUACCUCACCUCGGGCAUGCUCCUCAGCUGCCUUUUCACGUCGCUUUUCGGACUGGGUUUCUACUGGAACAUCCACUCGCUGUGGUACUACUGUAUCAUGCAGGCUCUGAACGGAUUGGUACAGACGACAGGAUGGCCGGCAGUGGUGGCCUGCGUCGGGAACUGGUUCGGAAAGGGGAAACGAGGCCUUAUCAUGGGCGUGUGGAACUCUCACACCUCGGUGGGGAACAUCCUGGGCUCGCUCAUCGCCGGGGCGUUCGUCUCUUCUUCCUGGGGAAUGUCCUUCAUCGUGCCCGGCAUCAUCAUCGGUGUGAUGGGAGUCAUCUGCUUCUUCUUUCUAGUCGAGAAGCCGGAGGACGUAAACUGUGACCCUCCGCAGCACCACGAGAGCAGCGAGCAGGAGCCGCUCCUGAGGAACUCCGUCAUUAACGAAGAGAUGUUUAACAAUCACGCGUCCGCGGUGGUCGAGUCUACGGAGGAGGAAGCCGAGGCCAUCAGUUUCUGCGGAGCCCUGAAGAUUCCGGGUGUUGUCGAGUUCUCUCUCUGUUUGCUCUUCGCUAAGCUGGUUAGCUACACGUUCCUCUACUGGCUGCCCCUGUACAUCGCUAACAUCGCCCACUUCGACCCUAAAGAAGCAGGCGACCUGUCAACCCUGUUUGACGUCGGGGGAAUUCUGGGUGGCAUCCUGGCCGGUGUGAUUUCGGACUACACGGGGGGCAGAGCUACCACCUGCUGUGUCAUGCUGAUCGUCGCUGCACCCAUGCUGUUCGUGUACAACGCUGUCGGGCAGAGCGGCCUGGCGACCACGAUCGGGAUGCUGAUGUUGUGUGGCGCUCUUGUGAACGGACCCUACGCCCUCAUCACUACAGCCGUGUCAGCUGACCUGGGAACCCACGAGUGUCUGAGAGGAAACUCCAGAGCUCUGUCUACUGUCACAGCUAUUAUUGACGGAACUGGAUCCAUAGGUGCCGCUAUUGGACCUCUGCUGGCCGGUCUGAUCUCACCCACUGGCUGGAAUAACGUGUUUUACAUGCUCAUCAGUGCUGAUGUCCUCGCCUGUCUGUUCCUGUCCAGAUUGGUGUUUAAGGAGUUUUAUGGAUGGUGUUGCCACAGUUCAAGACAAAGAGGGUUGAAAGAGAUCUGAGGCGCCGGCCGGACGAGUGAAUGUCACACCUGCGGCGGAGAGCACCGAGAGACGCGGUUCCCUGAUCCGCCGCACAAUGCUGCUUUUUAACGGACGCGGGAUCGGCCUUUUUAUUCAGUUUUUAUUUGAACACGGGACGCUUUUAUCCUUUACGGACCAAAAAAAGAAAGAAAAACUCUAAACGUCUGAAUGAAAUUGUGUGGAAUAAAAAAAUGUCUGAUGCAAAGAGAGAGAAUCGGAUCUCCUCUGUUUGAACCUGGAUGUUUUUAACUGACCAAUGUUUGAUUAUUUUAAUGUUUAGUGGUUUAAUCAUUAAAAUACACUGGUGGAACAUC